AUGCUUGGAAAGUGUUUGGCAACAAGCCUUUUUCUUUUCUUUCUCUGUCUUGUUUUGGUAUUUUAUAACAGUGAUACUGGGAACUACUUCGGAAGUGGUGAUUCAAUUCCAAAACUGAUAUUGUCGUCGUGUUCGUAUCAUUUGAUCUGGACAUCGCUAGGAACUUCUCUGGAGUCCUUUAUCCAAGCGUCAGUUACCGACGAGGGCAGAGAGUUACAUUUUCCCGGACUGGCAAUAACUUUGACACUCACAAAUGCGUGUCAACCUCUCACUGAUGUGAGCAAGGCGAAAAUACCAGCGAACAAGAUCGCUCUUGUCACACUUCAACUUGAAGAUGAAACUGCUUGUCCAAUGCAAGACUUGGCGCUAGAAGCUCAGAGAGCAGGGUAUUCUGUUCUAAUAUAUUUCGCAUACUCUACCUAUACAACUCCAAUAUAUGUGCCAAGUGAAGAGAUAUUAUUGAUUCCGGUUUUAGAAGCUUCAUUGCCUCAAUUAUAUAAAAACAAUACUGCUCAGUGUAUUUUGUUAGCAAACGGAGAUAGAACCAAUGCGGAAAUCAGCGUACAAGUUUUUAGACUCUCAUCAAUAGAACUGAAUGCAAUGAAAUCUAACUUAGAAAACCUUUACUACUGGUUUCUUGUGGGGCCAAUCAUCACACUCGAGUGGAUGAGACGGACAAAGAAAUUCUGUUGGCAAUCCGGACGGCGUGAAAGAAGUGAAAAUCCAUGAGACUCUGAAGCGGAGAACCAAGUCGAGACUGAUGCUGAAAGAGAAGGCGAGCAUAGAACUGGGGAGCCAGUACAACGAUUAGCAUACCAAGAAAGACCUGUUGAAGAACAACCCCUGCUAAUUAGUGCCGUACGUAAUAACUCACAUGAUGUCAAUCGUUGUCCUCGAGGAAGUGGUUGUGUCAGAAAAUACCACGGUGUUUGUGACAAAGCAGCAAUAGGCCUUGGUUAUCUGAUUCUUGUUUUAGCCGCUCUUCCGGUAGGCUUGUCUUCUGGAGGACUAUCCUUUUUUAGAUUUGAUGCCUUUGGAGGCAACUUUUACUUUUCUUCGACUUCUUCCAUUUUCGCCUGGCCCAACUUUUUAACUUACAUAGAAGCUCCUGUGUGGUGGUCACCUUUUCAGAUAUUUUUCUUUUUCAUGUACAGUCACCUUGCCUGUGGAAAUCAACGGAGAGGGACAUGGACUAUUCCUACAAAUUUUUCAAAAUUAAUCCGAAAUGACUGGUUCGCGUUGAACAUUUAUUUGCUAGUGUUGGGUGUUGUUGAGCCAUUUUGCACAUUAUCAGGUUCGGUGGGUAUCAGAUAUUUCCUCGUUCCCUUUGCACUUUGCAAUUCCAUAAACACAGUAUGUAAUUUUCUUUUUUUAAUCAUUCUAAACAAGCACAAAGUCGUCAAGCGC